AUGCAUGCUGGGCGGUGCUAUUUAAAAACCCGGAUUAUCGUUGGGCCAGGCGCGAAGAAAGAGGCGCAGCUGUUGGGUUUGGGUCUUAUCAAAUUGCGCACCAAACAAAAGGACUGGCUUGCUGAUGCGAAGAAAUAUGCCAGAGAACAGUCCAUCAAACAGGUGCUCCUACGACAGACACUCGCCCAUCAGCAAAACCAACAAAAAGUGGCCAUGUACGCGCAGGCGCUGUCGCUGAUGGCUCGCGUCUAUAUUGGCUCGAUAAGUUUCGAAGUGCGUGAAGAGAUGAUCAAAAAUGCGUUUGCAGUGUUCGGCCCGAUCAAAUCGAUCAACAUGAGCUGGGAUGCCGUCACCGGGCAUCACAAAGGUUUUGCAUUUUUGGAAUAUGAGAUUCCGGAAGCGGCGCUGCUGGCACAGGAAUCCAUGAAUGGUGUACUGAUGGGCGGCCGUAAUCUCAAGGUCGGACGGCCGUCGAAUAUGCCACAAGCGCAACCGAUUAUCGAAAUGGUAAUGCAGGAAGCGAAGGCUUAUCAUCGCGUGUACGUCGCAUCGGUUCAUCCCGAUCUCUCGGAAUCCGAUCUCAAAAGUGUAUUUGAAGCAUUCGGUGAAGUAACAAAAUGUCAACUUGCACGAGCUACUGGUCCAAAUGCUGGCAGUGGACACAGGGGUUUUGGAUAUUUGGAGUUCAGUAAUGCGCAGUCAGCGGCCGAAGCUAUUGCUGGCAUGAACAUGUUCGACUUGGGCGGGCAAUUUUUGCGUGUCGGCAAAUGUAUCACUCCGCCGGACGCACUAACAUACAUUGUUCCCACUUCGACAGUCAAUCUGCCCACUGCUGCCGCUGUUGCGGCUGCUGAAGUUACUGCUAAGAUUCAAGCGGAAGAAAUGACGGCCAAGAAAUCGCCGAUUACGUCGAUAGUCACCGGCAAAUCAUCGCCAUCUCUCCCGGCCGCGAUUCCAAUGGUAGCACACGGAUCGUCGCCACAGCCAUACGGGACGCCAACAACAGUGCCUCCGAUUGGAGUGGCCACAGUGCCACCAGUUGGAAUAGCAACAGUACCGCCUGUUGCAGUAGCACCAGCAAUACCAGCGGUCGGAAUAGCCACACGUCCUGCAGUUGCAGUAGCCACCCCGCCCCCUCCGCCAGCAGCAGCAUCCACAUCGGGGCUGUACUCCCCAACAGUCCCUCCACCACCACCACCCACCACUGUCACUCCUGUCUACCAGGCAAGUGGAUUUUUGACAAUAAUAACACUGAAUUCGGUAACAUGCGCAGCACCGGACAACAUUCCCACGCCGCCUCCACCAGCUGGAACACCACCGCUACCUCCAGGAUCACCUGUAGCAUCUGGCGGCCGCCGAGGUUUUGGUGGAUAUGCGAAGCAAACUCCGCCAGUCCAAGUUGUUAUUCCACCACCACAAGUCAUCUCAUCCGUGCCGUUACCGGCAAGCUCAAUUCCCGUCCCACCAACAGCGGUGUCUUCAAUACCUCCUCCGCCGCCUGCGAUGCUUGCACCAACGCAGUCGCUGAUAUCCAGGAUAAACAUUGGAACGGCCACGAAGAACUGCUCGGUGGAACCUGCCACAUUUGCUCCCUUACCAGCAAACAUUGCGCCUGUUGAUCGGAAACCGUUAGUUGUUUGA